UUAAGCCAGGUCAGACAGGUCCGACGUUUUAGCUUGCCUGUAAACGUCCCGACGAGUCCAGCCUUUGUUUUUCAAUUUCCACCGCGCCGAAGGAGUCUGGUGACUCUCACACCACCAUGUCGACCACUUCAGGUGUAGAGACUCAAACUCAUCGGCAUCCCCGCCGCCGAAUGAUGCUGUCGUCGCAACCGACCCCUAGCCUUCUCGGAUCCGAAGCCCACUCGAGUCCCCGUCUGCGAAAAGGCGAAACGUUUCACGCCUCUUCUCGCCCGCCCAGGAGCCGUGAUCCUUUGUUGCAUUUCCCUCUGCUGCCUCGUCGCUCUCCUACCAGCCCCGAGGCCCUCGAAGCCAUCGCUACUGGCCAACAGCGCAUGGCCAACAUCCUGGAUAACUUGGAACACGAUGCCUCCCGGUCGGAAUCCUCGGAAAAUGAUGGCCCGUACUCGCCUGCUCCCCGCCGGUCCCUGAGAGCCCCGGUCAAGCCGUCGAACCUCGCAGAACAAUCCGACAAGGAUUCUGAACGCAGCCAGUCCGCUCUACGGAAGGAGGCUCCGGCAAAGACUCGACGAGUGAACUGCCAUGCAUCGGACAGUGGUCUGGGUUCCUCGAUCUGCAGCGUCGAAACUGCGGUCUCCAAACAGAACAAGGUCACCACUGGUCCCCUGGCUCAGGGUAGUGCGACUUUCUCCACCCGCAAGUUGAGCAACAGUGGCCGCCUGGCGAUCGAAGGUCGUAUUCUCUUCCCUUUGCUCAAGGAGGAGAAGUUCCGCCCAUACCACACUUUGGUCCGCCGCGCCCAUGAGCGUAUUGAGAAGGACCAGAUCGUUUGUUUGCGUGACCUUGAAAAGACCCUGCUUAUGUCAGCUCCUGAUGUGAAAGCCCGUAUCAGAACCUACUACGAAUUCUGUCAGGUUACCAUCUCUUGUCUGUUCGGCACCGUUCCCCAUCUUAAUGACCGGGACUUGCGGAUGCCGGCCGACCGGCCUUACACCAACGGCUACUUCCUUGAUCUCGUCUCGCAGAUCAACCGGUUCAAAUCCAUGCGAGAGGCGUCUCGCGGCAUCCAACUUCGUGCGGAGGCACGUAAGCAGGGCGACAAGGCUGAUGGCGUGAUUGACCUUCGUCUUACUCUCGAGGGCGGGAUCGCCAAAACUGGACGCCCUGCCGAGUUCGUCGCCCACAAGGACGGCGAGGCCAUUUCCAUGCGCACUGGCGAGGCCUAUAACGAACACGCCGGACCCUCGAUGAAGCGCAAGGCUGACGACGGAGUCGUGCGGUCCAUGGCUCGCCGCAAGAAGAAUGCUCCUCCUAUGGACAUCAACAAGAAGUGUGAAUUCUGUGACAAGGUCUUCCAGAGGCCCUGUGACUUGACCAAACACGAGAAGACUCACUCGCGCCCGUUCAAGUGUGCCGAGCCCACCUGCAAGUACCACGAACUGGGCUUCCCAACUGAGAAGGAGACCGAGCGCCACUACAACGACAAGCACUGCAACACCCCCAUGAUGUACAAGUGCUUGUUCCCGUCCUGCUCCUACCAGUCCAAGCGACAGAGCAACUGCAAGCAGCAUAUGGAGAAGACCCACAAGUGGAAGUAUGUGCGAUCCAAGAACAACGGCCGCAUUGCCAAGCGUACCACUCCCCAGCGAGGAACCUCUCGGGCCUCGUCGCAGGGCCAUGACAUUGGCACGCCCGCCACCAAGCAGGUGCCCGAGCUCUCUACUCCCACCACCGGUGCCAGUUCCUCCCCCGAGCAGAUGGCCGCGUACCCGCAGCACAUGCCCUUCUCGUUCGCCGAGCCUCCCAUGGCCACUAAAACCGAGGAUUUCCAACUCUUUUCGAACGGUAGCUCCCUUGGAGGCUCCCCGUGCGAAAUGAACGAUUACCGGACUCUCCCGUCUGCCUCGAACAGCUUCGACAUGGGCCAGCCUCAGAUGAACGGCGUUGCGACUCCCAACUCUGGGUCGGCAGAGUUCCUCACUCCUGCCACGGGAACCACCCACUCCCCGUAUGAGCCCGUCAGCACCUACCCCGAGAACUCGAUGUUUGCAUUUGCCGAUCCCUUCGCGCAGGCCAAGCCCGACGACAGCCUCCUCUUUAUGAAUGGCGGCGGAUUUGGUGGUGAGCUGCCGAGUAUGUUUGAGGACCCGCUGGCGUGUUUCCCGGACCCUGCCACCUACGAGCCUGGACCCAUGGACUUCGAAGGUCUUCCAUCGCAAUUGGAGCCGGAAUCGAAUGUCAUGUACAGCAUGGAUCCGUGGGAGGACUUUUUCAACCGGGCUGACCACACUACCAUGUAA